CAUCAUGGAGAAGGGGGAAGAAAAUUGUGGGCACCUAAUUGAAGCUCACAAAGAGUGUAUGAGAGCUCUGGGCUUCAAGAUAUGAGUGAGAUGAGCAGGACUGUGAAUGUGAUGAUGUCUAUGGUGUGACUGUGUUCUGGAAAGCUGCAAAAUAAAUUGUUUCUGCAAGUUACUUCAAAGAACAAAUAUAAACAAAGAAUCUAUUUAUAAAGAGUCUCUAAUGAUAGAUUGGGCAUCACAUCUAUGGCUUUUCCACUGUUAGCUCUUGAACGCUGCUAUAGAAAAUAUAUUUUUUCCUCUUAAUAAAAGUCUGAAAAUGA